AUGAAGCGGAAAAUCCGUGACGGUGACAAUGUCGAAGAAGACAUGAACGAAAAGGCGCGUCGUGCCCUUCGUAACGUAGUCAAGUCAGAUCGGGCAGAGCAGAAACAGCACGAACACAUGUCGACCUGUGGACUGCGAUUCGGGACGGAGUCCUGGGCAGGGAUGAAAACUAGUAACGAAGACCGAUAUGUAUCGUCCGUUGACGUCUUUCUCGGCCCAGUGUUUGGUAUCUUCGAUGGCCACGGCGGGACAUUUACAGCGGAGUUUUUGUCGCGGCAGUUGGUGAAGACCGCUGCUUCAGUGAUGAAACAGGUGAUCGGGGAGAAAGCGCUCGCUAGUUUACACUGUUCUCGAGAUCAGUCGGUGCAAGAAGAAGCCCGCAAGGACGCUCUGGAGAGACAAGCAACGAUCCUGCGCCAGCAAUUCGCAGAAGUAGAGACCAUGAGGUCCGAUACUAGCGUGCCAGAUGCUGAAAGCUCUGCUGACGGCUUACGCGUGCUAGCCGACCAGCUCUCGCAGGCUAUCGCGCAAAUGGAAAGCGAAACGAAGCAAAUCGAUGUGGAAGAAGCAGACCGCCGGAGAAGUAGGUGGCAGUGGUGCAGUAGACAGCACAGCUGCCUGUUGAAAUCGUUCAAGGAUUCGUUCAGGCGAGUGGAUGCGCAGAUCUUGCAAAAGAACCCGUCACGAGACGGAUCCACGGCUCUCUUGGUUUGGUUCUUAGCUGACUCGGCCAACUUCAAUGCCGACGAAACUGCGGCGACAAGCGAGGCGAACAACGAGCUGAGCUUUUACGCCGUGAACGUAGGUGACUGCCGAGCAGUCAUGUGCCGAGGUGGUCGAGGUGUGCCGCUCACGAGUGACCAUAAACCCGAUCGCCCGGAUGAAAAGCAGCGGAUUGAAAAGGCAGGUGGCUUUGUGGGCAAGAUUGCAGGCAUUUCUCGCGUGUACUCUGCAGCAGGAGCUGGGCUGUCCAUGCAUCGUGAAGUGUCGACACAUUUGGCCGUCUCACGUGCAUUUGGCGAUCAGUCGCUGAAACAUCCGACGCCGCUCGUGUCGUGUGAGCCAGAGGUGGCGCGAUUCCAAGUGCUCGCUGACGACUUGUUCCUCGUCUUAGCCUGCGAUGGCAUCUGGGACGUCAUGAGUGAGCAAGAUGUCGUUGAUAUCGCCCUGCCGCACUUUCACGAUGCAAAAGCUGCGGCAGACGCGAUCGUAAAGGCUGCCUACAAGAAAGGGAGCCUAGACAAUCUCACCGCCACGGUGGUCCAAUUCGCGUGGAAGACGGACGCUCAGCUACAGCAAGCGAUCGAUACCAGCAAAAAGGCCAAAGCAAGGGCUUGCACAGGUGACAAGGGCUUGACCUCUGCAGAUUCACUCGUUGGCAAUGGGUCAGACGACGAGAUCGACAUGUUCAACCUGUAA